AUAUUACGAAACUAUUUCGUUCUUUGUCACCACGUGUCUAUGGUCAAGUAUAUAUUUAUAUGAAUCAAUUUAUCUAAAAAUAUCUGAACGAGUAGUGAAACGUAUAUCAUUAAGGGCAUCGAAAAACAUAUGAAAAUGGAUUUUUCUCAAUAUCGAAAAAUUCUAAUUUAUAUUUUGACUUUUUUGGCUUAUGCGUGGUCAGGUUAUGGAGCUGGUUUAUUAUCGAAUUUAAAAGAUGCUGUAUUAGCAGCAGAAACGAUAUUUCAAGAUUUAUUCCAAAAUGCGAUUACUGUUGCUAGAAAAAUCAGAGAUAUCCAUGAAGUAUUUGAUGCAGCAAUAGAAGAAAAUUGUAUCUUUCAAUGUCCAGGAGGUAUGACACCGAAACCAGAUUGGAAUCAUAAACCGCAAAGUAAUGGAUGUGGUUCUCUAGGAAUCGAAAUAAACCAAGAAUAUCUACCGCUUACAGAAAUGACGAAAUGUUGUGAUGCGCAUGACAUUUGUUACGAUUCUUGUAAUUCGGAUAAGGAAAAAUGUGAUUUGGAAUUUAAGAGAUGUCUAUAUAAAUAUUGCGAUGGAUAUCAAUCGUCUGCAAUAAUAAAUACAUGCAAAGCUGCAGCAAAAAUGCUUUUCACUGGUACAACUGCUUUGGGAUGUAAGAGUUAUAUAGAUGCACAAAAAGAAGCUUGCUAUUGUGGAGAGAAAUGGAAUAAGAAUAAGAAACCGAAAAAGGCUGCUCAAGCAGGUGGAGAAUUGUGAAAAAAUGGCGUAAUGUGCCAAUUAAAUGAAACGUAUUAUACGUUUCGUUUAUGAAUCUUUAGUAAAAUAAUUAUUAUGAUUUUGUAUUUAUUUUUAUAUUAUAUAUGUGACAAAUAUUAAUUUAUCGA